AACCCAGCGCCCGUCCGCAACGCGCCUGCUAUUCCUUGCACGCCCAGGAGAGCCACAGCACACGCCCGCGUGACCCCAGACGCCAGCGCCUAGUCCGCGAAGGCCUAGGGAUCCUAGCGCACGUCCGCGACACGCACACCAGCGCCCGUCCGCAGAUCCCUGCAACCCGCCCGUACGUCCAGUGCCCGACGCGCCUGCCUGCGAUCCGCGCAUCACGCCAGCGACCAGUGCACGCUGCCAGUGCCCGCGCACAUCGUCUGCGAAUUGCACGACGCCCGCACCUGCUCGCUGUCCGCGCCCGACGAGCACACCCGCUGCACCCGACGUCGAGACCCGUGUGCCAUUCAACCGUGAUCCGUUUGACGUGUCGAUUAGAAUCGACUAAAGGCCAAACCUAUCUGCCCAUUAGGUUGUGGUGUUCAGACAAACUUCAUCAACGGUACUCUACAUCGUCUCAGAGGUUUUGCUACUUCCCCUAUAAGUAUCUUCCUCCUUCCUCUUCUCCCACUUUUUGCCGUAAAAAUUCUCGAACUCUUCCUUACUCUUCUUCCAGCAAUUACAGUACUAUAAACUCAUCGGCGCUUGUUACUUUCCGACCAUCUUCUCGGAUUUUCAGGACUUCUUCAAUCAAGCCAUCAUGUGUAAGUUUCCUUUACUCUACAUUUACUAUGAAAUGUUUGUUUGCUUUUUGUUUAUGCAAAUGUUCUAUCUUUCUGGGCUCUGCGUCCAAAGUUCAUAAGGGUUUUUCAUGUGUAUUUGGUAUUCUUCUUAGGCUUUUAGACAUCCCUGUGUAUAGAACAAGUCCUGUACAUUCACUAAUAAUAGCUCCUUCAGUUGAGCCUGUAAAUUUAGCCCGUUCUGUAGCAAAGUUAGUUGUUCUUAAUCCCUUUUGUUAUGCCCCUGCAGCCGAAAUCGAUGGCGUCAGGGAGUAUAAUGGUUUUCCUUCUGACUGGGAAUUGGUCGCUCCUACAAUUAGUGACGACUUCAAACACCCUCCCCGUGGCUGUUUCACCUUUUUUGUUGAUCAAAUAAUGUUUAGCAAAGACGCUUAUUGUCUAGGUCAUCAUGUGGGGGUGUCUUUCCUUGACGAUAUUUUUUCCAAUAUUACCGAUUGGAAGAAGAAACAUUUCUUUAUUCGACCUGCUCCUAGCCAAUAUCCUUUCACCAAUGAGUGGCUUACAAGCAAGGUGAAGCAACGUAAGCUUCCUCACUCUUCGCAGUUUGCGGGCAUGCUAGAAGAGUUGAAUAAGAACGUAUGGAGUGCUCAUCGACUAACUAAGCAUAGCUCCCUCCUCAACCAUGUUGGGAUUUGUGUCGACAAGAGUGUUCCUCGAAUUAGUGAUCCUUGUAAGCUCUCUGUUAUUUUGGUUUAUAUCUCAACUUUCUACACUCGUCUGAACAUUUAUCUGUUUCUAUUUGGUUGGUGGUGGUCGUGGAUUCGGCUUAUCUUGUCAUUUUUUUUUACUUUGUAUAUACACAAGUUGUAUAUAUUUUUGCCACGCUUUAUAUUUCCGCUGAUGUUAUUUUCAGUGUCAAACUUGCAUGUCAGUUUUCAUAUUUUAUCGAAUCUGGAGACAGGUCCGGUUGAGUUACAUGCUAGUUUAAUUAGAUUAUAUAUAUCUGUUUUCUUUUUCUCUAAACCA